AUGGACACACAAGCAGGAAUAUCUCAGAAGGACAUCUAAUGUUAUCCCCGGAUUGUGACAUAAAAGAUAAUGACAGCAGACAGGAAUCUCCAGGAGAUAACCCCAUUACCCCAAUUAUACAUCCAGCUCUAUCAGCUGAUCCCCCUGAUCCUGGGAAAUGUUCUCCUGAUCACUCUGAUAUUGGUGCAUCUGUUACAGCUCUGAGAGUAGAUACAGAGUUUCCCUGUUCUACAGAUGCCAAAUGUUUUACACAGAACACAAACCGUAAUACCCAUCAGCCAGCUAAGGCAGGUGAGAGGCCAUUUCCAUGUUCUGAGUGUGGGAAAUGUUUUACACGGAAAUCAGAUCUUGUUACACAUCAGAGAAGUCACACAGGUGAGAAGCCAUUUUCUUGCUCUGAGUGUGGGAAAUGUGUUAGACGGAAAUCACAACUUGUUACACAUCAGCGUAGUCACACAGGUGAGAAUCAAUUUCCAUGUUCUGAGUGUGGGAAAUCUUUUACACACAAAUCGUAUCUUGUUACAUAUCAGAGAAUUCACUCAGGUGAGAGGCCGUAUUCCUGUUCUGAGUGUGGAAAAUGUUUCGCACAUAAAUCAGUUCUUGUUACACAUCAGAGAAGUCACACAGUUGAGAAGCCGUUUUCCUGUUCGGAGUGUGGGAAAUGUUUUGCAUAUAAAUCAGCUCUUGUUACACAUCAGAUAAGUCACACAGGUGAGAAGCCGUAUUCCUGUUCUGAGUGUAGGAAAGGUUUUGCACGGAAAUCAGCUCUUGUUACACAUCAGAGAAGUCACACAGGUGAGAGGCCAUUUUCCUGUUCUGAGUGUGGGAAAUGUUUUACGCAGAAAUCAGCUCUUGUUACACAUCAGAGAAGUCACACAGGUGAGAAGCCAUAUUCCUGUUCUGAGUGUGGGAAAUGUUUUACACAGAAAUCAGCUCUUGUUACACAUCAGAGAAGUCACACAGGUGAGAAGCCAUUUCCAUGUUCUGAGUGUGGGAAAUGUUUUACACAGAAAUCAGCUCUUGAUAAACAUGAGAGAAGUCACACAGGUGAGAAGCCAUACUCCUGUUCUGAGUGUGGGAAAUGUUUUGCAUCUAAAUCACAUUUUGUUAUUCAUCAGCAUACUCACACAGGUGAGAAGCCGUAUUCCUGUUCUGAGUGUGGGAAAUGUUUUACACAGAAAUCUGCUCUUGUUACACAUCAGAGAAGUCACACAGGUGAGAAGCCGUACUCCUGUUCUGAGUGUGGGAAAUGUUUUACACAGAAAUCAGCUCUUGUUACACAUCAGAGAAGUCACACAGGUGAGAAGCCAUACUCCUGUUCUGAGUGUGGAAAAUGUUUUGCAUGGAAAUCAGUUCUUGUUAAUCAUCAGCGAUUUCACAGGUGAGAAGCCAUUUUCAUGCUGUGAGAGAAAUAAAUCCGGUUUUGUUGAACAUAUUAGACAUUACCCAAGUACAGAACCAUUUACAUCUUCUGGAGUAUAAUUAUCACUGUCAUGCAAUGUUCCUCAAGGGUCAACCUCAUCUCCUAUGCUUUAUGCAAUAUAGAUGCUACCAUUGGGUGAUAUAAUCAGACGUCAUGACCUGGUCUACCACUGCUAUGCAGAUGACCUUUUUUUUGCUCCAUGUACUGAGAACCUAAUACCAAUCCUAAAUGGUUGUCUAGUUGAGCACCAGGGGUGGAUGAUGCCAGUUGGCUGUGACUCAGUCUUUGUGAAACAUAAUAGAAGCUCCCCAACAAAGGACAAGACUACAGCUUUACCAACCAUCUGGAUUUAUGCUUUGGUGUUCAGAAUUGCAAAAUACUAAACAUGUGCUGAAUCUUUGUGUUGUCCUGGUAUGCGGCUGACACAUACAUCAGGUAUCCGCCACAUACAAAUCCUCAUUCUUCCAUCUGUGGACCAUAGCCGGAAUCAAACACUUGAUUCCCUCAGGAGUUCAUAGACUACUGCAAUGACAUCUACCUGGGUCACCCAGCAAAAGAAUUACAGAGCUUGCAGCUAGUACAGAAUGCAGCAGCCAAGCUGUUACCUAACCAGCCCGUUCCUGCCACAUAACACCCAUUCUCUACUCCCUUCAUCGGCUGCCUGUAAGAUGACAAAUCUAUUUCUAUUUCAGCCCAACAUUACAUGGUCCAAGGUACUAGAAGCAGCUUCUGCCUCCUUACUGCCCUGCUUGCUUGCUUCUACAGAUGGACUGUUACCAGCAGUACCAAGAAUCUCCUGUCAUUCAUUUAUGGGUUGAACUUUUAGCUUUGCAGCCCUGACCAUGGAACUCACUGCCUUGCACAGUCCAAGAGGCCUCCACUCUAGAGACCUUCACAAGCAGACUGAUGACUGUUACUCACGCUUUUCAUUAAUGUACCUCUAUUUACUUCCUAAAUAAUACAUCCCAAAUGCUUAGGUAUUUUUUCUGCUGUUUAUUUUGUAUCUUGUGCUUUGUGUAAAUGUGAAUGUCUAAUACCAGUUUCCACAAUCUGUAUUGCGGCAUGACAAUAUGGCGGCCAUUGGAACGUGUUUUCACUUCUUCUAGUUUACCUAACUUGUUGCAGACACUCAUCUUGAUCAGGAGUGCUGAGUGUUUUCUGAUACAAGAUCCUAUCCAUAUAUACCCUGUACAUUACCAUGUGCAUUAGAGUCACCCGGGUUCCAUCUGCGGUGGUUUGUUGUAUGUUACAUCUAUAUGGUGCGGAUACUCCCCUGUAUUUCAUAAUAAAAGCUUUUGUUUGCAUCUAA